UAAGCUACUACCCCAGUACGAUGUGGCUGCUGGAAUUAGUGUUAUCAUUCCUACUGGUCCAUGUGAUAACUUCAAGUGGACCUCAUAGGAAUAAGUUUGAUCCAGGUAGAACCAACGUCCUCGUGUUGCUAGGCGACGAUGCAGGUGUACAGAUGUCAGCGUAUAAUAAUGCAGCCAUUAAAUCACCAAACUUUGAUAAAUUAUCAGAGAGAAGUGUUGUUUUUAGUCAUGGUUUUACGUCCGUCAGCAGCUGUUCUCCUAGCAGGUCUGUAGUAUUAACUGGCCAACCACAACACCAGAAUGGGAUGUAUGGACUUCAUCAUAAUCCACAUCAUUUUAAUACGUUUGAUUCUGUUCAGAGUUUACCUGUAAUGUUGGGUGAUUACAAUAUUAGAACAGGUAUAAUAGGUAAAAAGCACGUGGGUCCAGAUUAUGUUUAUAAAUUUGAUUAUGAACAAACAGAAGAAAAUAAUAAUUUGGAUCAAGUUGGUAGAAAUAUUACCUGCAUGAAGAAUCUUGUUCAUGAAUUUCUCAACGACAAUGAUACCAGGCCCUUCUUCUUAUAUAUCGGAAUCCACGACCCUCAUCGGUGUGAUGCAUAUGGUAAAACUGGUGGGAAGGGGGAAUUCUGUGAGAAUUUUGGUGAUGGUCGUCCUGGUAACGGUGUUAUACAGGAUUGGACGCCCACGUAUUAUAGCCCGGAUGAUGUGAAGGUACCGUAUUAUAUACCGGAAACUCCAGCUGCUAGAAGAGAUAUUGCCAACUUUUAUAAAACACUCAGUAGGAUGGACCAAGGAAUUGGUUUAUUUAUGAAGGAGUUAGAAAAUGCGGGUUUUAUGGAGAACACGAUGGUCCUAUAUUCCUCUGAUAACGGUAUUCCAUUUCCUACUGCUAAAACCAAUCUGUACGAAGCUGGUAUGAUGGAACCGUUCAUGAUUUCUUCACCUCUAAAUAAACAAAAUUGGGGAAAGCAUGCCGAUGCUUUGGCUAGCACCAUGGACAUAACGCCCACAGUUCUUGACUGGUUCAACAUCUCCACUUCACGAACAAAUAAAGUCAAACUAACUGGACGAUCUUUACUAGAUGUAGUCGUGAACACGAGUACGGAUCACCCAGUCGUUUAUUCUAGUCACACCAUGCAUGAAGUCACCAUGUAUUAUCCAAUGAGAGUGAUUAGAACGCACCAAUAUCGUUUAAUACAUAAUUUAAACUACCACGCACCUUACCCCAUUGCUUCAGAUUUAUUCGGCGCCCAGACGUUCCAGGAUAUGCUGAAUCGAAGCGCUAAUAGCGAGAGUUUAAACUGGUUUAAAACUCUCGAUGAAUAUUACCACCGACCGGAAUUUGAGCUCUUCGAUUUCUCCACCGAUCCAAUGGAACUCAACAACUUAGCCAAUAGACCCGAGUAUCAAGACAUUUUGAAACAAUUGAAGCAGCAAUUACUUGACUGGCAGAUCGAGACUAAGGACCCGUGGUACUGUCUACCAGGCGGAGAUGUGAUGAACAACGAGUGCUAUGCAUUGCGCAAUGGAGAAACAUUUGUGCCGGCCAAAGGCAAUAUACCUCAUUUUGAAACUGUCAAUUAAAGGACG